AUGCCGCUCCAAAACACAUUCAGAACGAUGAACUCCACGUCGCCAAGUGGUGCAGCGACUGUAGCGAAUAUUGCCUAUUGUUACGUUUUACCGAUUGUGUGCGCCAUAGGAGUUAUAGGUAACAUUACAAAUCUCAUAGUGCUAGCCAGCCGUCGGUUACGAGCCGUUUCGUACAUGUAUUUGAGAGCAUUAGCGGUCGCUGAUCUUCUUUGUAUGAUAUUUGUGCUGCUGUUUGUGACGACCGAGAUUCUCACAAAAAAUCGUGUACCAAUCAACCAAUACAAGGUCUACCAAAUCUACCAGUGUCACUUCAUGCUCACACUAAUCAACUGGGCCCUCGGAGCCGGUGUAUACGUGGUGGUGGCGUUAUCGCUGGAACGUUACAUAUCCAUUGUGUUUCCGAUGCAUUUUCGUGCAUGGAAUUCACCAAGAAGAGCGUCGAAGGCCAUUAUAAUUGCCUAUAUUAUUCCUGCUCUGUUAUAUAUACCGUAUGCAAUCACUCGGUAUAAAAGUAUCGAGAAAUGGGAUGAGCAUGUGAAUGCUACCAUAUAUAAGAUAGACGACCAUGAAGUCUAUAGGACAUUACCGUGGCAGAUCUAUAAAUGGACACGAGAGACUAUCCUACGAUUUCUUCCCAUAAUAUUUUUAUCCGUACUGAAUAUACAAAUCAUGAUUGCAUUUCGAAAACGACAAAAGAUGUUUCAAAAAUUGACGAAAAGAAAGGAACAGGGAACAGCUCACAAGGAUGAUACGUUGAUGUAUAUGCUAGGCGGAACAGUAUUUAUGUCGCUUUUGUGCAACAUACCUGCUGCAAUCAAUCUUUUACUGAUUGAUGAGACGCUCAAACGACGGCUGGAUUAUCAGAUAUUCCGAGCAGUAGCGAAUAUUCUUGAAAUUACCAAUCAUGCUUCGCAAUUUUACGUGUUCUGUGCUUGCUCGACCGACUACAGGACGACAUUUCUCCAGAAGUUCCCAUGUUUCAAGAAAUCCUAUGCAAAUCGUUCACGAUUGAGAUCGUUUGUGAAACGGACACAGUCAGUUAUAACAAGGGAGAAAGAGAGCGAUCAACCCUCGUCAAGUCCGAAGGUGGCUGGCUCACAUCAAAAAGCUCCAGCAGAGCCAGAAACCGUGGAUGUUCAUCUAGCAUCCGGAGAGGAAAGCUUGAGCGAGGGAAGGGAAUCCGACUCCCUGAUCAAGUAUGGCGCUGUCGCCAAACUCGCAACCGAUACCAAUGUGCCUGUAACACUGUUGGAUAGCUUCGUGCUAAUGGAAACGACAAAGCAUGGAUGUGGUGAACGGAAGCUUCCGCUGUCGCUUAAAUGUGAUACGUACAAUACGUUCGGGUUUUCGGAGUUGGAAAAUUCUAGAACAGUGACUGUACCGAAAUAGAACGCAUAUAAUCUGGUACAGUCUUCUGAUGAAUCCAAUCCUUCGUUCCAUCGUCAUAUAAUACCGCUCUUUCUGUGCGGGUGUUUCCGCAACCUCUGCGAUUUUUGUUGCAGUUCGUGAUCUCUAACCAUUUGAUUUGUAUUGGUGCCAUUGUUUUCUUACACUUCUUCCCUGGUGAUCAGCUCAUAUAUGAAAGCUUUAAUGUGAUAUAAAUUUGUUCAUGUGCACC